UAUGACAUUCAUAUUCUGGACUUCAACGCCUGCCAGUAUAAAAGCGCGUACUCUGGAUUCAUCUUCAUCAGAAAGUAAUCAACUUCAAGUGUUAGAACAGCUGCUUCAACAGUCUUCAAACAAACAUAACAAAAUGUUUGCCAAAUUGUUCAUCGUCGCCCUUGCCGUUGUGUGCGCUUCGGCUGAUAUUGGGUUACUUAAGGGCCGUUCUCUUGACUUCCCGGUGGCCUAUAGUGCAGAAGUUGUACCGUCCGUUGCCUACAGCGCUCCAGUUGCCUCGUACUCGACCUACUCCGGCAGCCCGCUAGCGUACGGCGCCCCAACACUGGGAUCUAAUUUCUACUACCAUGGCCGUACCGUAGUCGUCUAAGAGCCACGAAAAAACCUCACUCCCUAUGAAACACACUGGAAACUAUUUCAUAUAACAUUCUGUACAAUAAAUUGAUUGGAAUUCAAAA